AUGUCGGCCAAUCCCGCCCAGCUGUUCCUGCUCGCCGACCACAUCAAGCUCUCCCUGCUCGAGCGCCAGCGCGCCGUCUCGCUGAACUUGUCGCCCAACUCGCAGGAUGGCCAGAUCUCGCGUUCGCUCGAAUCGCUGCACUCGGGCAUCGAGGCCAUAGAGGCGCAGCUCGACCAAGACCCCAACGAUUCCCUUAGCGACCAGCUGCCCCGUCUCCGUGCCCAGUACUCCGACCUGUCGAACCAGUUCUCCGCCCCCGCCAACAACGCCGCCCCGCCCCACGCCAGCAUCUCCGCACCCAACGACCCAUCCCUCGCUGCCGACUUCUCCGCCGCCCAGUCGCGCAGCACCGGCCCCAAGAAGGCCGUCCGCUUCACCGACAACCCGGCCGCAGCCGCCGACGACGAUGUCGACGCCCUCGAUGCCGCCAACCGCGCGGCCCUGUUCCCUUACCGUGACGACCCGGACGCCGACGGCGCCAACGAUCAGAGCGCCCUCACCAACGAGCAGAUCCAUGCCUACCACCGCUCUGUGCUGCGCGAGCAGGACGACCAGCUAGACCGGCUGGGCGAGAGCAUCGGGCGUCAGCGCGAGCUGAGCAUGGCCAUUGGCGACGAGCUGGACGGGCAUGUGCUGAUGCUGGACGAAGUCGACGAGGGCGUCGACCGGCACCAGAGCCAGCUGGACCGCGCUGGGAAGAGGCUGGCCAAGGUCGGCCGCCGCGCACGCGAGAACUGGAGCAUGACGAUCAUUGUCGUUUUGAUUGUCAUCUUGGUACUGUUGAUCGUCAUCACGAAGUAG